UCUAAAUAGAUCAUCUUUCUUAGCUCGGGCAGCUAUGGCUAAUAUAGCUAAAAUUCUAGCUAUUGGCACUGCAAAUCCACCCAAUUAUAUCUUCCAGGCCGACUAUCCAGACUUCUACUUCAAAAUCAGUAAUAGUGAGCAUAUGACAGAAUUAAAAAACAAGUUCAGAAAUAUUUGCCAAAAGUCCACAAUAAAGAAACGUUACAUGCACCUUACAGGAGACACUAUCAAGAAGAACCCUAACAUAGGGAUCUACAGGACUGCAUCUCUGGAGGUACCAAAGCUUGGUCAAGAGGCCGCAUUGAAGGCUAUAAAAGAAUGGGGACAAUCCAUAUCAAGGAUAACUCACCUUAUAUUCUGCACAUCUUCAGGAAUCAGUAUGCCGGGUGCAGAUUUUGAGCUUACCAAGCUUCUUGGUCUCCCUCCAUCCGUACAAAGAUCCAUUAUAUAUCAAAGCGGUUGCUUUGCAGGGGCACAAUCUCUUCGUCUCGCUAAAGAUAUUGCUGAAAACAAUGUCGAAUCGCGCAUUCUUAUUGUUUGCUCUGAAAGUAUGACUACAUGCUUCCAUGUCCCAUCAGAUGCUCACUUGGAUAUCCUGGUCGGUUCUGCGAUUUUCGGUGAUGGUGCUGCAGCUUUAAUCGUCGGUGCUAAUCCUGAUCCUACCACGGAACAUCCAUUGUUCAGUGUGGUUUCAGCAUUUCAAACAACUAUUCCUGACACGGAGAAUGGAAUAGUAGUUCAGACAAGAGAAAUGGGACUAUCCUAUUACUUAUCUAGAAGUGUACCAAAGCUUAUUUCUGACAAUAUUCCAGAAUUCUUCUCUCAAAUAUCGGCUCAAUUUGAAAUCUCGGAUUGGAACUCGUUGUUUUACAUUGUUCACCCUGGUGGACCGGCAAUUCUUAACGGAAUUGAAGAGAAACUUGGCCUGGUUAAAGAGAAGCUUAGAGCAAGUCGGCAUGUGUUAACCGAGUACGGAAAUAUGUGGAGUCCAAGUGUAUUCUUUGUCCUGGAUGAGAUGAGGAAAAGAUCUCUACAGGAGGGGAAAAUUACAACUGGAGAAGGAUUGAAGAUGGGUAUCUUGGUUGGAUUUGGCCCUGGUUUAACUAUGGAGAAUGUUGUCCUGCAUAGCACUGCUAUUGCUUGAUUGAAUCCACCCAGACAUUUCUGUAACUGAUAUCGAUUUGUCAUGAUGUAUGGUGUGGUUGGUAUUACGUACUCUCAGCAAUAAAUCAGCAAAUCAAACUAUUCAACAAUAAAUUUGCAAACAAAAAAAAAUCUAAUGGCAAAUAGUUUAUUGUUGAUUUGAUUAGUCAUUAUGAAUGGAGCCCUUGAUUAUAUAUAAAUUGAAAUUAUUCCCACUA